UUCAACCCAUUACACAUUCAAGCACGAUGUCUCAUUUUAUUUUACAGUGACGUUUAUGUUUGAGUUAGAUUAUGAUAAUAUAUCCGACGUUAUCGUUGCUGGCAUCAAAAGUCAGCUCCCUUUCAUGAUUGGUUUUAAUGGAGGCAGCGUCAACAUAACUGUUUUCAACAAGAAUGAUAAAAUUGGCGUUGAGUUUGCAUUAAUUUCCACUACUCCUGAUAUUGAUGAUAUUAUGUUGCAAACAAAAAGUUUUGUUACGUGUGGCACUGUUCUCAUUGUACCGGGAGGUCCUGAUAUACUUGCUGUUGAUGAUUCGUUCGAGGUCGAGUAUCCCUCAGAUAUGGAACCAGUUCUAACAGGAAAUGAAGAGAUAACUUGCCCUGGAGAAGAAUCGGGAAGCUCUAUGCACGCAAUGAAAGUACCAGUCAUCACUCUUGCAGUUACAAUGAGCAUAUUGUCUGUUUACAGAUUUUAGUCAACUGUAUGAUAUAUCUACAGAACGUUUUUUUUUUUUUAAUUAAGCCUACUUACUUUGUACAUAAUGUUGUUUUUUGUUUUGUUUUAUCUUUGUUAGUGUUUAUGAAUUAUUAUAUGUACCACAUUGAAAACAUAACCCCUUAAAUCUUUGAUACAGUGUAAACCACUGUACACUGUUGUUUCUUUUUACAUUCAUUUACUAUAUAACAAACAUUUUAUGUGUUUUGUGGUUUUAGGAUUAGGCGGUGAAAUCUUUAUCAAUGAUUUUAUAUGAUUUUCUUUUUCAAAUCAAUAAUCGAUGUGAUAUCUAUUCAAAAUGUCUAAAAUUCAACACUUAUGUUAUGAACUCUUGAAUUGAACGUUGUAUUUUAACCAGUUUGUUGCUUCUUCUAGAUGAAAUUGAAGAUAAGAAGCAAUAAGCCAGGUUAAUCUUCAUGAUCUGCAAACCAGGAUAAUCAGAUAGGCUAUGAGACCAGCCAUAGAACGCUGGCACCCAAUCGGCUGUGCCUUUAUGCAGUCUUAGACCUGGCCAAUGAAAAGCUUGUCUGAUUCUAAUAGUCUAAUAUAUUUGAAAUGCAGAUUUUUGAAUAUCAUAAAUGAUUAUAUUGUUGAAUAUUAAGUAAAGACGAAAGGUGACACUUUCUGUUUAAAUCUACUGAGAGGGCGGAUGUUACAUUUGAAAUACGCAUGUGUGUAUCUUAAAAAUAUAACAUCAUAAUGAGCGUCUGUUUGUCCGAAAAGUUUGAUCAAGUUGCUCGUUACACGUGUAUCUACAAGUUGAAGAUUUCAGAGUCCGGGUUUACGCAUACAUUUUAACGUGUACGACAAAAUUGCAUUAUUCUGAAUUUUAACAACUCUGUCGAAUUUUGAAAUAAAAAAUGAAAACCUACAUGUACGUAUGUAAAUAUGAACUCAAAAACACAAUUAUGAUAUUAUACACAGAAAGUUUUAACCUGGAUAGUUAUGUUAGUAGAGUGCAUUAUAUUGUUGAUGUUUUUUUAAGUAUUUCACUUUUUUAACGAUGUCUUACAUAGCACCUAUGGUUUCUGAUUGGACCAGCAAUUCGUACAUAUUUUUUUUUACUUUCCAGCACCAAAAUAACAUAACAAUUUUAUCCUGAGUAUUAACCCUACUUUCUCAACAAAUCUCAAACCAGAAAUUUCAAAAUAUCCUUAUUUUAUUCCUAAAAAGUACAGCAUGUACGUUACGCCUCAUUACCAUGAACAAUGUUAAACGACUGUGUCUAGAAGAUGGGUUGGAUAACCUUCAGUCGGAUAGAGGCUAUAGAUUGAAAUAUUUAGUAAGACGAAAACAUGACCGGUCGCUACGCUGCACCCUCCCACCUCCCAUUUUUUAGGUUUUCACGUCAUAUGUUCGAUAAGCAGCAACUUUGAAUUUUACAUUUAGUCAUCUUGUUGGUAUUCUAUCCUUUGAGGUUUUCGGCUAAAACUUCAAUUGCAUCACGUCGUACUUCCUUUUUCUUUCAAAUGCAUUGCUUAAAAGAUAUUAUACAUUUGACUUAGCAGUAUUUACACGCACUAGUCACUAAAGAUCAAAUUUGAAGAACUAAUUGUAUUUGACGAUUAUCAGUUGAAACAUACAAUCCUUUCAUUUACAAAAACAAAUAACAUGUUGUGAUUUAUAACUACUUGGUAUAAUUGUAAUUGUGGCCGCAAAACAACACCAACUGGAUGAAACAAAAUGUAUUGCUCAAUAAUUUUGAAAUCUAUACGGAUACAAGGUUAUUUAACUCUGAAUUAACCGUUUAACUUAAGAAAGAAUGAGAAAAGGAAAUAUAGUUGUACUAACACAAUAUUGUAAGACUUUGAUCUGACUGGUUGAUGUGUUUGUUUCGUACUUGUUAUUGAUCAGAAAUGACUUUCUGAUAAAGGCCAUUCUUGAAGAAACAAUAUUACUGAAAAGUGGGUUAAUGCAAAUGAAGGAUUAUCUGUUAUUGUUACAGUAUUUGCCUCACCCUUUCUGCUCUUUAGUUUUUUCCCUUAAUUGUGUAAGGUCACUUAACUAUUGUACUUUUAUGUUUUCAAUAAAACUAUUUAUG